UGUCGUCGCUGUUUGGUAACAUUGGUGGCAAUAAGCCAGCAGCAAGUGGCCUAUUUGGCGCGCCAGCAUCCACUUCUGCCACAACUCAAGCAUCGACACCCUCACCAUUUGGCACUGCGCAACCCGCAGCAGCCAGCAAUACUGGAGCUUCGUCUGGAGGUCUUUUCGGCGGCCAACAGCAGCAGAAUAAGCCGUCGCUGUCACUUUUUGGUGGAGCUACCAAUGCGACCACGCAACCUACUAGCACUGGCGGUAGUCUGUUCGGAGGAGGCGGUCUGUUUGGUUCGACCACUGCGCAGCAGCAGCAACAACAGCAAAACCAGCAGCCUGCGCAACAGCAGCAACAACAACAACAGCAAAACCAAGAGCAGGGCGGCCAGGCAAGACCCAUCUAUUUUGACAACCUAAUUGAGCGCAACAUCAAGAGGCAGGGCGCCGAUGCUGGCGCAGGUAUGGGCGCAUUUGGAGAGCUGCCGACACUACAGCUGGGUUUGGGAGACAUUCAAAAGAAGGUGCGCGGUCUCGGACAGCAAUACACACCCGACAGCAAGGCGCACUACCUCCUCGCCGCGUCCGGUGUCAACACAGGCGCUGCCCUCCGCGACCUCAACAUCUUCACCAACAGCGCCGCCGCAAAGGCUCCAGCUCCUCCCGCCGCGAACGACCCCCUGUACGGCGAUCUCGACACGUACGUCGAGAGCCUCUACCAGAAAGAGAAGAAGGAUUUGUUUGACGAAUUCAUGGACGACUCCAAAAGGGACUUUGACCGUUUCAUCGAGGACAACCUGCAGUGCAAUUGGGAACGGAAGCGCAAGGAGAUUUACGAACACUUUGGCAUCACCAAGAAGACGGACAAGGCAGAGGCUAGCUUUGAGGGCUCGACUACUGAUGGUGCACGCGGCGCCUUUGGUCGUUCAAGCCGCAGAGCCCCCUUCGGUGCUUCGGCUGGCGCUUCAAAAAUGGGUAACAGAUCGGUGCUCGGUGCUACAGGCAGACAGACUGCUAGGGUCAGCCAGUUUCCCGAUGUGGCAGAAAAGACGCCUGCUGGCCUGCAGAACGUCACUGAGAACCGCAUGCUUAGAGACAAGCAGGACAAGUACUCCAGCAAGGUCAAGGAACUCAACAUCUCCCGCAUCGAAGGUCGCCUGUACCCGCUCUUGCACAACUUCGCCGACGUCGAGUCCCAACCUUCGGUCGAGGAUACGACAAAGCUCGUCGAUGCUUACAAGGCUAUUGCCGACAUUGUCGGCGAGAGCCCCGACUACCAGACCUCAUCCGACCCUCGCGCCAUCAAGGAACGCCACUACGCCCAAGACUAUCUUGACGAGGCUGCCAACUCUCGCAAGGCCUUUGAUCUCCGCAAGCGUAUCAUUGACGGCUCAAGACGGUUCCUCGAAAAGCAGUUCCUCGCCCAGCUCGAGACGGCCAUCCUCAAGAAUGCCAAGGAGGCUGCUUUGGGAGGUGUCCCUUCGGUUGUCAACAAAGUCCGCGCCUACGUCCGCCUGCGUGCUGCGCGCAAGGAGCUUGGUCCCGACACCAGCGAGUUGCAAAUGAUCAACGACGACUACCCUUGGGUUCUCAUUUUCUAUCUCCUCCGUGCUGGUCUCGUCAACGAAGCGGCCGAGUAUGUUGUCGACAACGAACGUGCCAUCAAGGCUUGCGACCGCAACUUCCCUCUUUUCCUCGCCAGCUACGCCCGCAGUACUGAUCGCCGUCUACCUCCCGAGCUCCAGACUAGGAUCAACAACACAUACUCUCAGCGUGCCCAAUUCGCUCCUGAGAACAGCGUCGAUCCGUACCGCAUGGCCUGCUUCAAGAUCAUCGGUCGUUGCGAGCUCGGCAGACGUACUCUUGACGGCAUCAACCAGAACAUGGAAGAUUGGGUAUGGUUGCAGUUCGUCCUUGCCCGUGAGGUCAACCGUGUUGAAGAGACUGCUUCUGAAGUCUUCGGUCUCGACGAUGUCAGAAGCGUCAUUCACGAGGUUGGUCAGAGACAUUUCGUCCAGGGUGGAGAGGGUGCUGCUGGAUAUGGCACCUACUUCUUCCUCCAGAUUCUGGCUGGUCAAUUCGAGAGUGCCAUUGCAUGGUUGUACCCCAACAACUACCUUAGCGCUGUGCACUUCGCCAUCGCCCUCAACUACUACGGCCUGCUUCGUGUCAACGACUACAGCAACUCAGAGGAUCUUCUAUCAUACACCACAAGUCAGCGACCUCAGAUCAGCUUUGCUCACCUUGUGGGCUACUACACCAAGGACUUCCGUGCUCAAUCGCCUACUACCGCUGCUGACUACAUCGCUUUGAUGUGUCUGAACGGAGAUCUUCCCGGCGAAAUUGGUCAACGCCAGGUCGCACUCUGUCACAACGGCCUUCGUGAACUCGUCCUCGAGACUCGCGAAUUUGCCCAGUUGCUUGGCGACAUUCGCUCCGACGGUCAACGUAUUCCUGGUUCUAUCGAGCAGCGCCUGAAGAUCAUCCGCAUCGCCGACGAAAGAGCUUUCUUGCGCUUCAUCACUAUCAGUGCUGCGCAGAUCGCUGACGACAAUGGCCGUGUUACUGAUGCUGUUCUGCUCUACCACCUGGCCGAGGAAUACGACAAUGUUAUCACCAUCUGCAACAAGGCUUUGUCAGAAGCCAUCAGUGUCGAAUUGGGUGACGCACCUCUGCGUCUCACUCCCCUCAAGCCUCGCGACCCCGCUGCUGUCGAGACUUCUGCAUCUCUCAGUCUGACCGCCGUCGAGGACCCUUACACACUGACCCGCAACAUGCGCGCUCUGUACGAGAGUAAUCAGCUUCACGCAGCGAAAAUCAAGCAAGUCAACCGCGAAUCCUGCACGCUUCUCCUUGGUAUGGCCGAGGCUAAGUCUCUGGUCGCCGAAGGCCGCUGGGCUCUUGCUCUCGACGCCCUCAACAGCUUGAACUGCCUCCCCAUCUCUGCUGGCGGCAACAUGAGCCUUAUUCGCGCCUCCGCCAAUGCGUUCAGCAAUCUGCCACCUACCGUUGCUCGCAACAUCGGUAAUUUGCUUAUCUGGACCAUCACAUGUUGCGGUCAACAACGCGAUUACCUGCGCACAUCGGCUUCGGGCUUCGAGGAACGUGGACGUGAGAAGGUGGCUGAGGACAUCUUGCAAGUUGCCAAGGAUACCAUGGUGUUUGCUGGCUUGAUUCAAUAUAAGCUGCAACCCCGCGUAUUCGAGGUGCUUACACGCGUUGGUGGCGACGUCGGUGCUUACUAGUAUCCUUAGUCAGUUAGCUUACGGAGUUUCAUGGAGUUUCACAUCAAGGAUUGGGGAAAUGCUUGUACAUUACUGAGGGUGGGAAUGAUGAUGGACUGAAGAGAAGGGCUGUGGGUUCUCAAGCGCAGGCUAGAUAGCGCUCAUAUAGAUGAACAUCUGCUCUCCUCCGUCACCCGUGUGCCCACACUCAUGGUUGAAGAAAUGCACAAUGGUUGUCAGACCAGAGUCGUGUCCAAUAAGAGGUUGUCAGGAGGUCUCUCUCUGUGGACGAUGGCACAGUUCCACAAGAGAUCUGGAAAUAUAGGUAGAUAGUUACUCAAAUGUUAUCAUCGUCACGCUG